AUGAAUCAAUCAGUUUACAAUAAUAGUAACGGAAUACUUCCUGCCUCUCUUAGUCCGGCAUUUCUGAGAGGGUCAAACAUGUUGGAUUCUUACAGGAACGACUACAGUGAUGCAAAGCCAACUUUGGUUAUAUAUCAUGCGUUUACAGGGUUCAGAGUGGUAGCACCGUUUGAUAUUUUUACAAGUAUGGAUCAAUUCAAACGUUAUAUCUCUGAUCUGUUGCAUAUCAGCGUUGAAAGGUUAUUUCUAUUGACUCCAUUUGGGAUCAAACUUAAAUUUGCAAUGAUUUUAAAUGAACAAAUCACCGAAGUUUAUGCAUUUGAUAGGAAGUUUUUCAAUCCUGCUAUUGUUAAGGAGACUAACAUAGCUAAACGAGACAUAAUGAUUAAAGAAUUGGUGGAUUCUAUAUCUAAGGUUGAACAUCUCGAAAUGAUAAAACCACGAGAUGCACCAUUUAAUAGCCUGUCCAAUUCUUCAAAUUCUUCAAUGGUAGAAUUCAUAGAUAAGAUAUCAGAUAUGAUUCAAGACGUAACGGAUAUCGAAGAAAUACAUCUGAAUAGUUCUGAUGUUGAUUUUGGUAGCCUAAGAUCUUUCUUGAAUUUGUUCAAGCGGAAUUCGGGUUGGGCAAGUGCGCUUAUGUCAGAUAUGCAUAGUAUGUUGUAUGAUGAUAUGUAUCGGCACGAUUACCAAGUGGUUGAAAACAUACUAAAUGCUUUGAAUGCUUUAAUUCAAUACAUUAACAAUUUACUCUCUAAUCUGGAAAAGGAAUUGAAUACAUUUACUGAAAUUUUCAGCAAUUUAGAGAAAAAUACACUAUCCCAUACGUGGCAAGAGGCUUAUGAUUUAUUGCGAGGUAUUUCUUUUUCAUAUUCAGAUAAUAACACAGCAGAAAGCAGGGAAAUCAUAUUUUCAGAACUUGUCGAUUAUCCAACCAUCGAGAAAGCUGCAAUGAAUUCUAAAUUAUGUGCCACUAAAAUACAGAAAAACCUAAAAAAAGUAAAAAGCUCAAUUGCAGGUGAAAUAACAUCUUUGCGGGAUAAUGUUUACAAGGAUUACGACAUUUUAAAGAGACUCUACAUGAACAAAGAUUGGGAAACAGAAGAAGCCGACAAUCUUACAAAGGAACAUGAACUAUUUGACGAACUUGCCAUUAACGUGUCUAACCUACAAAGGGAUUAUGACAAUUUACCAUCAUUUGAAGAACUCAUUACUACCUCCAAUCAAAUGUCAACUUUCUUAUCUAAGGAUGCCAUUGCAAAGAUUGUCAACCUGAUCAAGUUGUACAAUAAACAUAAGACAAAUGAAGUUCCUCGAAUAAAAUCACUUUCCGAUUCAAUAUAUAAAAUUGAAAAGCAGUUUUUUGAUAUGCGUACUGGAUUACAAGAAAAAAUUGCCAAUAGCACUAUAAUAAUUGUUAUAAAUAUUCAACUAAUGAUAAGAACCACAUCAAAUGUUUUAAACAUGGACAUUUUAACUAAUAUUGAAGAUAUGCAAAAAAGUGAAUUACAACUAACUAUAGUCAAUGAUUUACCACUCAUAUUUGGAAUUUGGGCUAUUGCUGCAUUAAGUAAUAAGAAAUAUGGAGUUUCACUUGAAAAGCUAUCACGGAAAACAAAUGAGGUUUUGAAGAUGAUGAACUUUGUAGAACAAAACAGUAGGGCUAAGUGGCUAAAUGAAUUUAUCAGCGGUGCGGGAAUAGAGAAAGUAGACUUGCAAUUUUUAAAUGAGAGACAACUUAAAAGUAAGUUUAUAUCAGAAGGACUAUUCAAUUUCCGUUUAGUGAAUCAAAAGGGCGUAGGAAAUGAACAACAGGGAAAUGAAACUACGCAACUGGUUGCACCCAAAAGAUAUAAUUCUGAAACAGUUGGAUAUUUAUCACCAUUUAACAAGUUAAUUCAUAGGUCUUUCACUAAUAAAUCAAAAUCAGAGAAGACAAUUCCUACAGUCGCUUCUUUAGAAAAGACAAAAACAUCUUAUUUUGACGGCUUGAUGGUUAGUAUUACUAUUGGCGAUAUAGCGCAAUAUAUGAAGACUUUAGAACUUGUUGGUUAUGAUCACACCUUUCUUAGUCAGCUAAGCACAUUUAUGAACAAUAUCGGUAUCUUUUUAGCUCCGGAAAAAACCAAUAAAGAGAUAGUUGUAAAAUCUGGUAAUGUGGAAGAUCUGGGAAGUUUCGAUAUGAAUGAUAAACAUUAUUUGAAAAUUUUCAAAGACUUCAUCAAAAACUUUGAAACCAAGGAUAUCCAUAUUGAGGUAGAAACUGUUAAUAAUAAAUUCAAUGAAGCAAACAAGAGAAGCAAAAUGGAAGACGAAAGUUUGAAAAAUGACAAUGUUACAUCAUAUGAGAGGGGUUUAGUGAAAGCAUAUGAAGAAAGGAUUCAGAAACUGGAAAACCUCUUACAUGAAAAAAAGUACGGUAUGUUCAAUACAAAAUGGUCUAGGUUCCAUCCUGAGAAUCUCAAGUUUUUGAACGAGGAUGAUAUGGAAAAUAACUUUGACAAUGAGGAAGAAAUUGAUAAUACUGGUUAUUUACUAGGUAGAAGAACGAUCAAAUUACCACCAUCGCAUUAUUUUGAAAGAAUCAAAACUUUGGAGAUUGAAAAUAAGAAGUUGAUUGAUGAACUUGGAGAACUCAAAAAAAAUGAGGAAUACGGACUUAUUCUGCAGUUGCAGACAAAGCUUAAUGAUCAGGAGAAUGAAGUUGCCAGAUUGAAUAUACUAUUAGAAGAAGAAACACAUGCUUCUGAAAGAAAACAAACAGAAAUUGAUGCGUUGAGAGAAGAAGUUGCCUCAUUGCGAAAGGAGAACAAUGGUUUGAAAGUUAAGAAUUUGAAAUUAAGCAAUGACAUCUGUGAUCUGAGUAGUAUGAACAAGGAUUUGUUGGAGAACAUGGAAAACAAAGAAGCAGAGUAUCUAAAUGAGAAUAAAUUGAACCAGAAGGAAAAGAAUGAGAUGAAUUUACGUAUCGAAGAGCUUAUUGAGAUUACUCAUCAGUAUGAGCAACUGUCAUUUCAAAUUAAGGAAACGGAUAACUAUGUCGAUGAAUUAAUAUCGGUUCUUAUGUUUAUGUCUGGAAAGUUGAAAGAAAUGAGUGGCAAAAUAUUUGCCAAUUUAGGGACCGUUUGUUUGAUUUUGGAAAUCAUGGGAUUAAUGCUUGUUAGAAAAGGUUCAGACUUAAACAUUUGUAGAGUGAAAGGAUUGAGGAAUAAGAAGAAACAGAUACUUAUGGGUGGACAUGGGGAGGUAAGAAUCUCCAAUGAGGAGAACAUCGAUAUUAAUGGGGAUAACGAUAGAGAUGUCCAAAUUGAAGAUGAAAAACUACUCUAUGAGGUCAUAGCCUCUGGAGUUGUUGAUGAGGUGAGGAAAUAUGUUGAUUGGAUUCCUGAUUUUAACAUGGAAGAAUUACAUGGACUGCUCGCGGAGAAGGACACAACACAGGAGAGUGGGUUUACUAGCACUAAGUUGAAAGGAGUGAGUGAAACGAUCGAAUGUCUUAAAGGUUCCGAACACAAAUUGAAAUAUAUUAUCGACACUAUUCCAAAGGAAAUACUCGACCUUAAAUAUCAAGAAUUCAAAGAAAAUGUGAGUGUUGAUAAAGGUGUUGUUUUGAGGAAGAUACACAAGAGGUUUGAAGAUGUUGAAACAUUGGCAAGAAAAUUGCAAAGAGAAAAAGUUCAAUUACGAGGAGAAAUUAAGAACUUAACGAAGCAGUUGAGCCAAAGGUUAGUUCUUAGAGAUUUUAGUGUUGGGGAUUUAGUGUUAUUCUUGCCUACAUUAGCUUUAGACGAGCAGAAUAAUUCUAUCGCGUCUAACAAACAUUCAUCUGUUGGACAACCAUGGGCGGUUUUCAACACUGGGUCGCCCAACUAUUAUUUGAAACCAGAAACUGUGGAGCAGAUGUGCCAAUCAGGGGACCGAGAGUGGAUGGUUGGCCGUAUCCUUAGCUUAGAGAAACACGUUGUAACUUGUACGAACAAGGACAGCUCCAUGGAAAACCCGUUUAAUUUGGCUGUAGGAAGUCAGUGGUGGUGGGUGCAGUCCGAGCGAGAGUGA